AUGGGAAAUAGUCUUGUUUGCUGUCGUUUGUCGUGGACAAGCUUCACGAAUUCAGAAGAGGAAAUUGUGCCAAAUGCAGAUUACCAGUCGCGCUUUGAAUUCACAAAUCACGGGGCGUGUUAUCCUCAUAUUGUUACAUCUAUUCAGCCAUAUACACUUCCACGCGAUGACAACUACCAGCGCCUCCUCUCCUAUUGUCAGAAAGCCCUGCAGGCCUGUGCAUUGGAUGCAUCAGUUCAGCACAUAAGUGAAAGAGAGCCCGAAGAUCGUGACCCUCUUAUCGAGUGCCAGUCUGAUCAAUCACCAAGCCUAACUUCCACUUAUGACAUGGAAAAUGAAUGUAUUGUCAGUCCUGAGAUUUACAAAGAGGUCUAUGAAAUCUAUGAUGAGCGUGUUCACCCAUUAUUUCCGGCAUCUUCCUAUUGCCAGGCCAGUUUACAACUGCCUCCCGACGUGUCGUCAUUUAGUGGUCUUCGGUUUCAACACCAAAUCCUUUAUUUUCUAAAUCGAUUGUUUUCUUCAUCUCUUGUUACCGCUGAAAGUGCAAUUGUGGCUUUGGUUUACCUUGAACGCAUAAUAAGUGGACUGGAAUUGCAUGUCGUUGCAUGGUCAUGGCGUCGACAGUUACUUGCCUGCAUUUUAAUUGCGUGCAAGGUGCUUGACGACCAGGCUGUAUGGAAUGCAGACUACUGCCAGCUUCUUAAAGAUGUUCACGUAGAGGACUUAAACGACCUCGAACGCCACACUUUAAGCUUGCUUCAAUUCAAUACUGGUGUUCCUCCCGCUGUAUACGCACGCUACUACUUUGAUCUUCUGACCCUUGGUGAUCUGGUGGCAUUGACGGACGUCUUUUCGAGGCCUGCGCGUCGCCGUAUGACCCCGAAGCUGGCGCGACGCUUCCGGAUCCUUCCACCCACGGGCGAUGUUCGCACCGAGCAAUGCUCUUCGGGUAUUGGAGCAGCGGGCGGCGGGGGUGUGCUCUUCGAUCUCCCCUGUCUCCCCGAGGACACCAAAGGAAACCACUUGCACAAAUCGGUCACAUGCCCCAGAAGACCAAUGGAAACGAUGGAUGCAAACCAUUUACCCCCAGGAAUGAAAUCAAAAAUACAUCAGGUUAGAGAUCCUAGCGAAAGCGAUUACGAACGAUCGCCAUCUGCCCCAUCGUUGUCAUCUUCAGCGUCUUCUCACUCGUCAACAUUUACUGCCACGUCGGGUUGUUUUCAGUUGUCCCCCGCUUCUUCAACCGGCGUGUACACCCCUUGGACUCGCCCUGGAGCCAUUCACUGUGACGGCCGUGGGGCGAGCAAUUCACUCAUCUUGCUUCAACAAGACUCUGGCCUCUACUAA